UCUGACUGACAUGGGUUGCACCACCUCAGAGACAGUUGGCUUAAAGUAACAAUCCCUUAUUGGGUUGAAAUUGUCAGAAACCACAACCCUUCUUUUGCUCAAGUCCAAUCACUUUGCCACCCAAUUUUAUCUCAUUGAUUUUGCAAAAAAGAUCAAAGAGAGAGAGAGAGAGAGAGAGAAAAAAAAAAAAAGAAAGAAAAACUUCCUCCGUUACAACCUCACAACUCAUAUAAAAGAGGACAGAAAUUUCGCAGGUUCCUCCUUUGUCUGAGGAUCUUGGAGAAGGAAGGAAACAACAGAAAAAAAAAAAAAAAAAAAAAAGACCCAACAAAAAAAAUGUCUUUCACAGGAACUCUCGACAAAUGCAACGUUUGUGAUAAGACAGUCUAUGUGGUGGACAUGUUGUCCAUUGAAGGAAUGCCUUACCACAAGUCUUGCUUCAGGUGCACCCAUUGCAAAGGAACCCUUGUGAUGAGCAACUAUUCCUCCAUGGACGGAGUUUUGUACUGCAAGACGCAUUUUGAGCAGCUCUUCAAGGAAUCUGGCAAUUUCAGCAAAAACUUUCAACCAGGAAAAACUGAGAAGCCGGAGCUGACUAAGACUCCCAGCAAGAUAUCUUCCAUCUUCUGUGGAACACAAGACAAGUGUGCCGCUUGCGAAAAAACUGUUUACCCUCUUGAAAAGAUACAAAUGGAAGGAGAAUGCUUCCACAAGACAUGUUUCCGAUGCGCUCACGGUGGGUGUACGCUCACUCACUCCUCCUACGCCUCCCUGGAUAGCGUUCUCUAUUGCCGGCAUCACUUUAACCAACUCUUCCUGGAGAAAGGAAACUACGCUCACGUCCUCCAAGCUGCCAACCACCGUCGCACAGCCUCAGGCAACACUCUUACACCGGAACCUACCGAAGACAUCGCCGUCGAGGCCAAGGAAGAGAAUGGCGUCUCACAGUCUUGAAUAUCUCUUACCUGAGUGUUUUUGAGUGAAUGAUUGAAUGAAUGUUGUUGCCGGGGAAAGAUUUGAUUUCAUUUGUAAUGAGUUGUUUCCAUAUGAAGACAUGAAUAAUUUUGUUUUGAUUCGUUCGUUAUACAUUAUUAUUACACACGAAAGCAGGCAAGAAUUGAUGUUUUGUCAAUGUGUGAUUAUGUGAUAUGCUUGCUGAUGGUGAUGA